GUUUAAGAGUGAUGAGAUGUCAAGGAAGAUUUGAAGUUCCAACUUGCAAAGCCAAAGUUUUAUUUGGGAGAAAAUCAGAGUCGCUACCUAAGCCUCCUUCCAUUCGAUAGCAACUUGGCCCAAGCUUUUCCUCUGUUGGGAGUUCUUCUGGAGUCACGAGUUCACCUAUAUCGAGACUGCCGGCUGGCCGCCGAAACACACGGCAUCGUUUCCCGGAUUUGCCAUCGCAGUGCAAUACAUCCAGGCGCAACACGGCUCUGUCAUUUCAAAGAUCCCUUAGCAUUGCUUCAUUGUUCUUUCUACCGAGGUCUGGGGCCUAUUCAAAAUGUCUCAAUCACUUGCCCCAGAAUGCAACGAGCUGAAAGAGCGCUACGACACCUGCUUCUUGAAAUGGUACAGCGAAAAGUACCUGAGGGGGAUCAGUACCUCGGACAAUAACGAAUGCGCCACCAUGUUUAAGGAGUAUAACCGCGCACUCAAGGAACGGGGGAUAGACAAGUUGCUGGACGAGGCCCGCGAAGACUUUAAAGAGAAUGAUGCAACGCUGCUGGGGAAGAAGAAGUCCCACGACAAACUCCCCAAGGCAUGCUCCGCCGGUAGCACACCACCACCACCACGCGAUUCUAUGCACCCCUUUUCCGUCUUGACACUCGGCAUCUUCGUAGCUGGCUACAUCACCGCCCGAUGGGACCUGGUCACUCGCCUCUAUGAGCUUGCCAUCUUUGCUUGGGAUUACGGAGUGGUUUCUCGAGCCGCCAAAGGCUUUGCCGCGCUUUCACUUGUGUUCCUGCUCAUCUUUAUACCCGUGGAACGUCUCGCAGCCCGGGAGUCGACUCUCCACCCGCGAGCACCCGGAUCCGGCGUAUCGGCCAGAGAGCAGUUGAGAAGACGGGGAUCUUUCUAG